UUUCAAUACUAUCAAUAGCGUUCCUUCCUUUAAUUUGACAAAUGACCAAAUUAGUUAAUAUAUGCAAGUUAAAUAAAUAUGGAGGGUAGGCCGAAAGCCGCUUGGUCUAUGGAGAACUACACCAUCCAUGAUGUGGUGUAUAAGAUGGGUCUCCCGCGCACAGUGCGGGUUACUGAGGGGGUAUACAGCCAAAAUGAGCAGGAGAGUUUAUCCACAGGAGACAUUGUGCGUUUAGACGCCAUCAGUGAAAUCAAACGCAUAGUGACGCGAGCAAACUUAAUGGACGAAGAGGUCACAGACCUACAGAUUCCUCUUAAUUUCCAGGGUGAAGUUUAUGUCUACACUGGAAAAGAAACCGUGUACAAAUCAGUGCAAGAACUCAUCCAGCUUUUUCCGGGAUAUGUGCAUGUGGACUCUCCAAUAAAAGCUGUAUCACUGGAAAAUAACAAUGAAGAGGAGGUGGAUCUGGGCUGGGGCGCCUGCCUUAAGCUCGACAGAGUGGUCAGCGGACAAGGGCUACACUGUACUUACUGCGAACGAAAAAUCUGCUUGCGUCCUUUUCAAAGGGGAAGGUUUUCCCGGAUUCCAAAAAACGAUAUAAUGUAUCUUAAGGAUGUGAUAAGAAAUUUCUCAUUACCAGUGAAUGUGAGAUUCAUGGACAAGCUUCCUGAACUAAACGCAGUGUUAGAUACAAAUAAAGUGAGUCAUUUUUCUCUGGAACGUGUGGAGUCGUUGGUGGCCAUUGUGGGAUCUGUUCUUAAUUCUGAUGGAUCUAAAGUAUCGGCAAACCAAUUAAUGAUAGCACUGACCCAGGCUACUGACGUAGAAGUCCAGGUCAGUUUGACGGAAGAAAAGAAGUCAAUGUUAGACAGUCCAAAAAAUAGUCCCCAGACGGCCAAGAAGCGACCACCACCCGUCCCCAAGAGAUCCAGCAGCAUACCGAGUUCUUUUGGGAAAAGUCUCCCCCUACAGUCAACCCUUUAUCAACAAGACACUUCUACAAUGACAGAGAAGGCUAAAGUUGCAUCAGUUACUCCUCAACCCCCAAAUGGCGGAUUUAAGUCCAUGUUAACAAAUAUCUUAAGACAAAAACCUCCUAGUCUUCCCCCGAGGAAAAUGUCAAAUCCAGAAACCUUCACACACACCAGAAGGGGCUCAGUCGACACGGGCCCCGAGAAUAGACUGUGUGCGGUGCCGCCCCUUCCAUCACGUAAUAGAUCCAGACCGCCAAGUGACGAUACACACGACCUUGCACCUGCUAGUACCUCAUUGUCGAGGUCUCCAGACGUCGCCAAGAAACUGGAAACCGUGACUUUGAACAAAUUGCCACCGAACAUUGGUAGGGAGCUGUUCAACAACUCCUCGAUAAAUGGCGACAGGAUCUCCAAAUCGAGCACUCCAACUAGACCACUGUCCACUACCUCCAAGACAGACUCGAGUCAUGACUCGGAAAGUUCUGAAGGGCCAAAUGAGGCAGAUUACAUAUCCAUGGAGGACGCAAAGGAAAUAAAAAAACAGAUCAAGCCGCCCUCCCACCGAACCCCACCAGUCCCUCCUCCCCGUGAUCGAGGGAGCAGCUCGUCUCAGAAACUCUUUCCUCCCGAUAGCUUACCAGUUACAAACUCAGACUACACAGUAUCAGCUUCCCAGCAAGAUCACCCUGGAUAUACAGAUCAGAAAGUCCCACCUGAUGCAUUCCCCCGAGGUAGAUUAGUUUCACCCCAAAGGGAUCGGCGUGCUGCAUUCACUUCUCCGAGGUCUUCAGUUAAAAGAGGACUUGUGCCAGAUCCCCAAGCUACUGAGGAUAUGGGGGUGGUGACUAGACAUCCACUUGCUGUGUUUUCUCCAUCUGCAUCACAGAACCUUGACGAGUACUACUCCAGCAUCCCAAAGAAUUAUCGACAAAGCCUACUCCUUGUUCACAAGGAGCUUGUAAGUCGACAGUAUGAAAGCCCCCAGAAACCGACAGGUGCGGUGUCGCCCAUCUCCCGCUUCCCCUCUCCACCCGUACCUAACUUCUCCAAUCUGUCGGUGGCGGAGACAGUCCAUUGUUUCCGGGAUUGUCGCCUUAAUGAUCUAGCUGAUCUGUGUGAAAAAGAGGGAUUGGACGGGUGCUUUAUUGAUAAACUGACUAACGCUGAUCUAAGUAGGGAUCCGUUCAACUUGUCCGUCCUUCACCGAAUGAAGGUAGAACAGAUCAAACAAGGCUGGAGGCCAUUUUACAACUGAGCGAGCAAAAAUUGGAGAAAGAACUUUUCCAGAAUUUGAAUGCGAAGAACUGGAUGUCUAGCUCUGUCAAAGUGAGAUUCGUUGGAAAAUGGAGACUUUGUU